CACGAUAGGAGAGCCACACCUAUAUACAAUUGAUGCUACGAACUAAUUGGAGCUUACGCCGCUUAACUGGAGCGUGCGAAUUAAUCUACAACAACGUGAUAAGCACUCUCACAAUAGCUACGUAUGUGUUAAGACACGGGGUUCUCUCAGGUCGCAGGUUGAAGACGUAAAGGGUAUUCCGAUCGCGAAGCCUCCUAUGGCUCUGAAAUAGGUAUUUUCGUCGAGGUCCGCCAGAAAUUGGAUCGUUUCACGUUCAUAAUGCCUUUCUCCACGGCGAUUUACAUGAGGAGGUAUAUAUGAAACUCCCGCCUGGUUUCUCUACAGAUCAACCAGGCAUGGUAUGUCGAUUGAAGAAAUCGUUGUAUGGGUUGCGCCAAGCACCCAGGUGCUGGUUCGCCAAACUUGCCGCAGCACUUAAAUAGUACGGCUUUCAUCAUUCGUAUUCUCGGACUACUCUCUAUUCACUAUGUGUCACGGGGCGGUUCGUUUGCAUGUGCUUGUCUAUGUAGAUGACAUGAUUAUUGCAGGGAAUGAUCUUGCGGCUUUGACAUCCUUUAAGUCCUAUUUGAGUUCUUGUUUCCACAUGAAGGAUCUUGGCCCAUUAAAAUAUUUUUCUUGGUAUUGAGGUUGCCCGUAAUUCUGACGGCAUAUUUUUGUGUCAACGAAAACACACACUGGAUAUUAUUUCUGAGACAGGACUUCUCGGGGCUAAACCGGCUAGUUUUCCUAUUCAACAAAAUCACACAUUAGCUCUCGCUAAUGGGGACUUGCUAUCGGAUCCUAAAGCUUAUCGUAGGCUUGUUGGUCCUCUCAUAUAUUUAUCUUUUACACGACCGGACUUGGCAUACACCGUGCAUAUUCUCUCUCAAUUUAUGCAGCAACCUCGAAAGGAGCACUGGAAUGCCGCUCUUCGCGUUGUGUGGUACUUGAAAGGGAGUCUCGGCCAGGGUAUUCUUUUGUCUUCCUCCUCGGAUUUCUUAUUGACUGGAUGGUGUGACUCUGACUGGGCGAGUUGUCCUCUCACUCGUCGCUCUCUUAGUGGUUGGUUGGUGUUUCUUGGUGGUUCCCCUAUUUCCUGGAAGACCAAGAAACAACAAACAGUUUAUCGUUCUUCCAAUGAAGCCGAGUACCGAUCUAUGGCUGCCAUUACUGCAGAAUUAAAGUGGCUCAAGGGUCUUCUUCUCACUCUUGGUGUUACUCAUACCACCGCCAUGACUCUGUACUGUGAUAGCCAGUCCGCUAUUCAUAUUGCCCAAAAUCCCGUCUUCCAUGAGCGGACCAAACACAUAGAAGUUGACUAUCAUUAUGUCCGAGAAGCACUUCAGCAAGGAUUGCUCACCGCUCGACACGUUUCUACUCAUGAUCAGCUUGUGGAUAUUUUCACAAAGGCAUUGGGCAAACAAAGGUUUCUUACUCUCCUCCGCAAGUUGGGCGUUUGCAAUCCCCACGCUCCAACUUGAGGGGGGUGUUGGAACAGUUAUUUUAUUAUUGGGCUUUUAUAACAUGUAGGAAAAAUUGAAAAUAAUAAUCCCAACUAUUGCUGUUCCGCUGAAAAUAAUCUCAACUAUUGAUUAUUUUUGUAUAAUCCCAACUAUAUAGAUUAUCCGCCAAUAAUGGUCCAUGACCAUAUAUUACCUCUAUAAAAAGUGAAUUUUAAAUAGAAAUUAAGCGUAAAAAUUAAAAGUUGAGAUUAUUUAUAGGGAUUACUUGUUAUAUCUCAUCUCAUCCACUUUAGAAACUACAAUAAUUUAUUCAUAGGGACCAUUAUUGGCGGAAGGUUCCUAAAGUUGAGAUUAUUCUGUAAUAAUCAAAAGUUAGGAUUAUUAUGAGCGGACCGCCAAUAGUUGAGAUUAUUACUAUCAAUUUUUCCUAACAUGUAUUAUUUUAUGUAUUUAAUGUAUGUGUUGUAUUCUGGGC